AUGCCAGCCCCUCUGGAGACCUGCCUCUCAGACCUCGACUGCGCCAGCAGCAGCAGCAGCAGCAGCGACCUGUCCGGUUUCCUCACGGAUGAAGAGGACUGUGCCAGGCUCCAACAGUCAGCUUCCGCCUCGGGACCGCCUGUGCCGGCCCACAGGGGCGCACCCGGGAUUCCCGAGGCGUCCGAUACUCCCCGGGCACACGACGACGAGCAGGAGCGGCGGCGCCGCAGGGGCCGUGCACGGGUCCGCUCCGAGGCACUGAUGCACUCGCUUCGUAGGAGCCGGCGCGUCAAAGCCAACGACCGUGAGCGCAACCGCAUGCACAACUUGAACGCAGCGCUUGACGCGCUGCGCAGUGUGCUGCCCUCCUUCCCCGACGACACCAAGCUCACCAAGAUCGAGACGCUGCGCUUCGCCUACAACUACAUCUGGGCUCUGGCCGAGACUCUGCGCCUGGCAGACCAGGGGCUCGCGGAGUCCUGGGGUUCCGGUGCUGCCGCCUCCCCAUGUGCUGCCGCCUCCUCACCACUCUCUGACCCCAGUAGCCCUGCCACCUCCGAAGACUUCUCCUACAGUCUUGGCGACCCCCUUUUCUCCUUCCCCAGCCUGCCCAAAGACUUGCUCCGCACAACGCCCUGUUUCAUCCCUUACCACUAG